UCAUCAUAAGAUUAAAAAGAGAACCCAAAAAAAAAAAGAGAAAUCAGAUUAUAUUAUUCGAACAAGAUAAAAAAAAAUUAAAUUGGAAAUUAUGAAAGGUUGUGGUAGAAGAAUUAUACUAGUUGUAGCAGCAGUCAAGAGCAACUGUUGUUGGAUUAUUAUUUUUGAUUUUCUUAGCAUAGUGUUAAUAUUAUUGAAAUUGAAAUUUCUCUUCAAAGGUUCCUUUAUUCUUCUUCUUCAUUGUUGUUCUUUCUUUUCAAUUUCUCGUUACACGUUUCUUUCCUAUUUCUCUUUUCCUUUGUUUCACUAUUGGUAUUUAUCUCAAUUUCAAUCUUCGAAUGAGAAUCAUAAUCCUUCUUGUGAAUUUCAAUUGCUUGAUUUUCACGGAAUUUCGGUUCAUAAUUGAUUCUUUUGGGAAACCCUAGUUUCUGUUUCUUCUUCUUUAGAGGGGUUGUUCGAUUUCUAGGGUUUGUGAAUCAAGCUUCGAUCUUUGAUCGGUUUUCGUCGAUGGAGGGCGAGGCCGGUUCGGAAGGAGAUAGUAAUCGGAAAAGGGGUAGCGCAGAUGAUAACAGCGAUGAGAAUAGGAACGAGGGAAGCAAUAGCAAGAUUGCGAAUUCGAAUGAUGGUCAGGGCAAGCCCAAGCGUCAGAUGAAGACACCCUUUCAGCUUGAAACCCUUGAGAAAGCUUAUGCAUUGGAUAAAUUCCCUUCGGAGGAGGUGAGGGUGGAGUUGUCUCAGAAGUUGGGGUUGUUGGAUCGGCAGCUUCAGAUGUGGUUCUGCCAUAGGAGAUUGAAGGACAAGAAGGAAAUGGCGCUGAAGAAGCAGCCGCAGAAGGUGGAGGUGGAGCCUUUGCCGGAUUCUCCUGUGGAUAACCUAAGGUUGGGCCCUGAACUUGGUAAUGGGUAUGCUUCCGGGUCAGGGUCAGGUUCGAGUCCGUUUACACGUUUGGAGCCCCGGAAUGGGGUUUCCCGGGGCAUGCCCGGUUAUUACGAGUCUCCACAAGCUGUAAUGGAGCGUAGAGCUAUUGCUUGUGUGGAGGCACAGUUAGGGGAGCCAUUGAGAGAUGAUGGACCCACUCUAGGAGUCGAGUUUGAUCCAUUGCCGCCAGGUGCUUUUGGCACACCGAUAGCGGUUACAGAGCACCAGAAGCUUCCUAGUCCUUCCUAUGACAGUAAAAUAUAUGGAAGACAUGAUGUUAGAACUAAUAAGGCUAUGGCAAAGACAUUCCAGUCUCGCAGCAGGCCUGAUGCUUUUGGACAGUUUAGGCAAUCUCAUUUACAUGAUCUGAUGGAGGACCCUGCCAGAAAUCCCUCUGUUGCACCUGUGCUUGAGCAGCUACCGAGAAUUCAUGUUACCCAAGGUCAGUCUUCUCGUGUUCGUCUAUCGUCUCAACAAGACAGACAAGGGAGUUCAUUUCAGUCUCCUCCUCUACCUGAUGAUGUUAACCCCCUAGCGGAAUUGUACACAAACAUAACUAAUGGGGGAAUGAACUCUCACUUCACUGAUCACCAAAUGGUUGGGCCAGAAAAUGCAUAUGCUUUACCUUCUGGACAACUUUUGCAUGACAAUGCAGUUCGGAUCGAUAGGAAACGAAAGAGUGAUGAUCCCCGAAGUGCAAAGGACGUUGAAGCCCAUGAGAUAAAGAUCCGGAAAGAGCUUGAGAAACAAGAGAGCCAUAGACGGAAGAAUGAAGAGAGAAUGAAGAAAGAGAUGGAGAGACAAGAUCGUGAAAGAAGGAAGGAAGAAGAGAGAUUGAUGCGUGAGAGACAGCGAGAAGAGGAAAGAGCAAAACGUGAGGAAAAGCGUGAAAUUGAACGUAGGGAGAAGUUUUUGCUGAAAGAGAAUUUAAAAGCUGAGAAAAUAAGGCAAAAAGAAGAGCUUCGCAAAGAGAAAGAGGCAGAGAGAAGAAAAGCUGCCCUUGAAAAGGCAACUGCCCGUAGAAUAGCUAAGGAAUCUAUGGAGCUUAUUGAAGACGAACAGUUGGAAAUGAUGGAGUUGGCUGCCUCAAGCAAGGGGUUGUCCUCUAUUAUCCAUCUUGAUUUUGAUACUUUGCAAAACCUGGAAUCAUUUAGGGAUUCAUUGAGUGUCUUCCCACCUGAGCGUAUAAAGCUGAGAAAACCAUUUGCUAUCCAGCCCUGGAUCAACUCAGAAGAGAACAUUGGCAACCUUCUCAUGGUUUGGAGAUUUUUGAUUACCUUUGCUGAUGUUCUGGAGCUAUGGCCUUUUACUCUUGAUGAAUUUGUGCAAGCAUUUCACGACUAUGAUUCAAGAUUGUUGGGUGAGAUACAUGUUGCACUUCUUAAGGUGAUAAUAAAAGACAUCGAAGAUGUUGCAAGGACACCCUGUACAGGAUUAGGAAUGAAUCAGAAUGGUGCUGCUAAUUCUGGAGGUGGCCAUCCAGAGAUUGUGGAGGGGGCAUAUGCAUGGGGCUUUGACAUACGAAAUUGGCAUAGACACUUAAAUCAGUUGACAUGGCCAGAAAUUUUCCGGGAGCUUGCAUUAUCAGCAGGAUAUGGGCCACAGUUGAAGAAAAGUAUCACACUGUCAAAUACAAAUGAUAAAGUCGAGGGAGAGAAUUGUGAAGAUAUAAUUUCUACACUUCGUAACGGUUCAGCAGUAGAAAAUGCAGUGGCAAAAAUGCAGGCCAGAGGUUUAUUAGCUCCUAGAAGAUCUAGGCAUCGGUUAACUCCUGGAACUGUUAAGUUUGCGGCCUUUCAUGUUCUCUCGCUCGAGGGUAGCAAGGGGUUGACAGUACUAGAACUUGCAGAAAAAAUUCAGAAAUCUGGUCUUCGGGACCUGACAACCAGCAAGACUCCUGAGGCAUCAAUUUCUGUUGCUUUGACAAGAGAUACCAAGCUUUUCGAAAGAAUUGCUCCAUCAACAUACUGUGUACGUGCUGCAUUCAGGAAGGAUCCCGCUGAUGCUGAGUCCAUUAUUUCUGAAGCAAGAAAGAAAAUUCAGAUAUUUGAAAAUGGGUCUCUAGCUGGGGAAGAUGCUGAUGAUGUUGAAAGAGAAGAGUCAGAAAGUGAUGAAGUUGAUGAGGAUCCUGAAGUUGAUGAUUUGGUAAAUCCUUCGAGUGCUAACAGACCAUCUGAACAGUGUGAUGACUUCUUAUCAAAUGGAAAAGAAAAUUUGGUUCCUGAUAUAGAACUUAAAGAUGAGUUUGAUAAGGAUCUGCCUUAUUUUCCUGAGAAUGGUUCCAAGAAUGCUGAUUGUCCAAGUUCUGUCACUGCACAACCUGUUGCUUGUGAAGAUCUGAAUGCUGGAAAUCUUGGUGACGAAAAUAUGGAAAUUGAUGAAAGCAAUUCUGGAGAGUCAUGGGUUCAAGGGCUUACAGACGGAGAAUAUUCUGAUCUCAGUGUAGAGGAGCGUUUAAAUGCUCUUGUUGUAUUAGUUGGGGUUGCAAAUGAAGGCAAUUCAAUCCGUGUUGUUCUUGAGGAUCGAUUGGAAGCAGCGAAUGCUCUGAAGAAGCAAAUGUUGGCAGAAGCACAGAUAGAUAAAGUUCGUUUGAAAGAGGAUAAUUUUAAUAAAUCAGAUUUUCUAUCUAUCAAUGGGAAUAAAGUUGAGGAGGGAAAACAAAGCCCAUUGCUUGACACUAAUAUUGGGAAUAAUAAUAAUGAGGCAUCUCCCAGCACUGCAGAAAAUCAGAAAGCUGCUCCGCUUGCACUAAGCAUGUCUACUGAAAAACCCUCAUCAGUUCAAGACCUCUGCACAGUUCUAGAGAACCCUCACAGUCAACUAUCUGCACAAUUUUCAAAAAGGUCGCGUUCUCAGUUGAAGUCUUACAUUUCACACAUAGCAGAAGAAAUGCAUGUCUACAGAUCAUUGCCCCUUGGGCAAGACCGCAGACGUAAUCGAUAUUGGCAAUUUGUUGCAUCUGCUUCUUGCAAUGAUCCUGGCUCUGGCAGGAUAUUUGUUGAAUAUCAUGAUGGCAAAUGGAGGCUCAUUGAUUCUGAAGAGGCCUUUGAUGCACUUUUGAAUUCCUUGGACUCGCGUGGGAUCAGGGAAUCUCAUUUGCGCUUAAUGUUGCAAAAGAUUGAGAAUUCCUUUAAGGAAAAUGUUCGAAAUAAUACUCUAUGUGCCAAAAGUGGAAGCAGAGCUGAAACUUUCAUUAAAAACGAAGCUGAUGAAACAGAUUCCAGUCCUGAUCCCCGUACUGAAUCGGACAGUCCUAGCAGUACUCUCUGUGGCUUGAACUCUGAUGCUUCAGAAACUUCAUCAUCCUUCAAAAUUGAGCUCGGUAAAAGUGAGAGUGAGAAGAAAGCUGCCUUGAGAAGGUAUCAAGAUUUUCAAAAAUGGAUGUGGAAAGAAUGCUAUAACUCAUCAAUAUUAUGUGCAAUGAAAUAUGGGAAAAAGAGAUGCAAACCUCAGGUUGACAUCUGUGAUAUCUGUCACAACACUUACUUCUUUGAAGACUCCCAUUGUAAUAGUUGCCACCGUACUUUUCCCUCCAACAAUGAAUUUAAUUUUUCUAAACAUGCAUUUCAAUGUGGAGACAAGUUAUCCACUGAAAUUUGCACUUUGGAUUCUUCUCUUCCCAUACGUACAAGAUUUCUUAAGGCCCUGCUAGCUUUAAUUGAGGCAUCUGUUCCACUUGAAGCAUUUCAAUCAAUUUGGACGGAAGAUAUUAGGAGGCAUUGGGGUAUGAAAUUGAGCAAAUCAUCUUCUGUUGCAGAACUUCUACAGAUAUUGACCCUAUUUGAGAGCGCAUUGAAACGAGACUUUAUAUCAUCAACCUUCUCUACAACAGAGGAAUUGUUGGGGUUGAGCACAACGUCAGAAUGCCCUAUGGAUCCUGAAUUGGUUUCGGUGGUUCCAUGGGUUCCACGGACCACUGCGGCUGUGUCUCUCAGACUUCUUGAGUUUGAUGCAUCCGUUAUGUAUGUACAGCAACCUGAGCCCCGUGGGGAGAAAGAAGUAUAUGCUAAGCUUCCUUCAAGAUAUAAUCCUGUCAAAUCUAGUAAAGUUGUUGAACCAGCAAACUUGGAUGCUUCUAUGAAAAUUGUGGGAAGCAGCAAUAAACAGAGACGCGUGAGCAAUGAUAAAGGACGGGGCAAAAAGCUAUCUAAAAGAAUGCAUGAUUCCAAUCGAGAUAGUGGCCGCCGGAAUGUCAAGGUCUCUGGGAAUCCAAGUCAAAGAAAGAAACAGCAAGGACAACAAUCUGAAAGACAGGCUGGUGUACGUGGCCGCCGGACAGUCAGGAAAAGGAGAUCGGAGAAGAGGGAUGUUGAAGAUUUGUUGCUGGGCCAUAAGACUGCUACUCACAACGCCAGUAUUGGUGGAGAGUCAUUGAGAUUGUUUGAUGAGGACUGGGAUGAUGAAAAAGAAAGUCCCAUGACUCCCAUCCACAUGGGGGCUCCUGACAUUAGUAACAACACUGAAGUGGCUGAAUCUGAUGACAAUGUCCAAGUAGGUGAAUCUGAUGACAAUGUCCAAGGAGUGGAAUCUGAUGACAGUGACCAAGCAGUGGAGUCUGAUGACAAUGGCCAAGCAAUGGAAUCGGAUGAUGAUGUCGAAGCAGUGGAGUAUGAUCAAGGAAACUGGGAGAUAGGUUUUCAUGGCACCCCUAACAGAUGGAGUAGGGAUAUGGCUGGAAUGAUUGAUGAAGAUGUGGAAGCUUCUGAAGAUGACAAUGACAAUCGCGUUGAAGAGAAUGAAGAGGAGGAAUUAGAAGAGGCAGACGAUGAUUCAGAUGGUAUGGUAAAUGGAGUUAUAAAUGAAGAAAGCUCAGACUCAGCUAUGUCUGAUGAUUCUUCUGAUUAGGACAUUGUUUUCUUAUUGGUCAAUGAAGGAAGUGAAUUGCAUUUCAAGGCUGCAUUACAAUUUUCAUGUUGCAGCAUUGCAUGGUAGCUCCAAGUCAGGUCAUGGCUCCAAGAGUUUUAUGAUUCUUCUGAUUAGGACAUGCAGAAUGAAUCCCUGUAUUUUUAACCAUUUUCAAGGAGGGUUAGCCAGCCUCAUAUAUAUAUGUAUUUUUCUUUUAAUUUUGGUUAUUUUCAUAGAUAUUAAUUAACUAAUAAAGUCGCAUACCUUAUCUCU